AGAAUGUAGAGUCCCCCCUCCCCCCCCGACAAGGCUCUCCGCCGCGAGUGCAGCCGAGCUGGUAAUCAGUGCCGUUUCCGCGGCAGAGGCGGUCACCACGCGGCAGAUUACACAGAUUACAACCGAUUUUAUUUGUACUCCAUCACCGACAGUCGUUUCUUUUCUUGAGGCGACUACCGUACUCCCACCUUGUGUCCUCACCGUCGCGCGACCUGAGCUGGAGUACGCGCCCGACCGUCUUGGUGAACCGUCUAGGUCGCGAGAAGCCGCGUCGUCGGUGCACGAAGAAACCGAGUGCCUCGGCCGAAAUUCAGGAAUUUUGGAGGAGAUCGCGCGUCCACGUUGACGUCCACGCUCAAUGGAACGCGCGAAUAAACGCGUUGAUGGUAGCGUUGGACGUUGUUGACGUUGGAAAUCAGCAAUUGACCUUUCCGGGAUGCCCCGAAGAUUUCGCACGUCAUCAGUAUACAAGAAUCGACGUUUGUAAUCUAAUUGGUGGAAUAGAGAAGAAAUACAUCGAAGUGUAUCAUAUGAUGAAGAAGGAUCUGAAUUGAAAACGGGAGAAACGCAAUGCUGAAGAGUAUUUUAGAAUAUUAGAUACCCGAUACACAGAUAUUAGAAUAAUCGUUUAAAAUUAUCCGAGACAUAUCAUGACAGCGGGAGUCAACGUAAAUUUCAUCCACACGUCAUCUCUCGCAAAUAGGGUAUUUUACAGUGUAGAUUUCAUUCUGCGCGCUCCAUUCAAAUGUUUUUAUACGGAUCCAUUAAACGCUGUCUGAGAAAAAGGACUAUAAAGUAUCACGGGAAGAAAAUUGCUGUAUGAGAGUAUCGGCUGAGGAUCAGCAAGAAUGUGCAAAGUAUAAAAGUUAAGAGGUGAGAGGAGUUGGGUCAUCAUGUUGAUAUCUUAAGAACACUCUUCUGACUCUAAUGGAGGAAUCCGCUCGUGUCGGCUGGGUCAUUCCGCGGCGAUGCGGCGGAUUCCAAGAAUAACGGAACGUGAAACUUAUUAAGGCGGUGGGCUGCGCCUUGAAGAGUCUCUUCGACAUUAGCAGGUUUCGUCCAGGAAUCACGAUGUGACUGAUCGUCACCUGUAAGUGCCCUGCGGCUCGAUCGCGUCACCAUAUCACGUUUGUCGUCUUUUAACGGAUGUCCGUGAGAAGCUAAUGCAACGACUGCCAGCUGACACUUUAAGGUGCGACAUUAUUUAUUCGGAAUUUCUUUAGAAAACUCACAGUGUAAUGGACAUUGGGCAUACGAUUCAACGAUGGAACUAAGAAAGCAAACGGUCUUCUUAUUGAUAUCUUCGGAUAAUUUUUACAAGUGUGGUUUGAUAGAUUGAUAAAAAUUACUGGUCGUAUUUCGAAACUUGUGAGACGCAAGAACCUGAAAGACCGACCCGUUAGGAAUCGGCAUGAGCAACGGCGAAGGCGUGGUGACGGGCCCAGGUUCCGGUAGUGAUCGUUUAUGCGAGGACGUCGACAUGGCUACUCCGACGUCAGCGUCUUCGAAUCUGAAACCGCGAAGUGGUAAAAUUAGCUUUAGCGUCGACGCCUUGCUGAGCGGCACGAAGAAGAGUGCCAUCAGCAGCGGUACCUUCGCGUCUAGGCGAGAAAACGAUGACAGGAUGGAUGCUGAAAAGAAUCUCGAGAUGGAGGUGAGGUAUCGAGAGCUUCUGAUAGAGCAGCAGAGACUUCAGAGCAGAGAAUUACUCGCCAGAUUGAGUCCUCACGGUCUCGCUAGCUUUGGCAAUCAUCAUCAUCAUCAUCAUCAUCAUCAUCAUCACUCGAACAGACUCGAGCAAGACCACCCGCCUGCUCGACAGGAGAUGCAACUCACGGUGAAGGAUUUCUCUAGGACAAGCCACGACAAGUCAUCUUCGCCUAUCAGGAUAGACCAGGAGACGCCAAGAGAUCGACUGACGACCAAUUCGCCGAGCGAGAUCGGCGAAACGGUGCUCCAACGAGAACAAGAGCGUAUUCAGGAGGAGGACGAAAGGAUCGACAGGAUCACCAAUCCGAGAUCCGUGUCGCCCGCGAGCAGACGAGAGAUCCUCGACGAUCGUAGCGAUUCCGAGGCGAAUCGAUCCCUGGAAGGAGACCGUACGACGGAUCAUCUGGAUCUCGAGGACCAUGAGAUAAGGAGCGUCGGCCAGUCCGAGGAUUUAAACGUAAUGGACUCGGAUUGCGAGCUGGAGAGGGACCUGGAGACCAGUCAGGAGAAGGAGGAGAAGUCUAGCCCGGUAGUGCCUCAGCCGAUUCAUCCAGGAGUGCAAAGGCCGUCGCAGGGCCCGCCGUAUCUCGCCGGAGCACCCGGCGCUCCCGGCUGGAACCCUGCGGGAUUUCCGCAUUCUCUGGCGGGGUUCGCGUGGCUGCCCCCACCCCCGCAUCCACACAAUCCUCAUGGACAUCUUUACACGCCGCACGGUGGACCUACCAGCCCGAACGGAGAUUUGAGAUUGCCAGGACCCGGACCAGGCCCAGUCAGAUGUACCCUCAGGAAGCACAAGCCCAACCGGAAGCCAAGAACGCCGUUCACGACGCAACAGCUGUUAUCGCUCGAGAAAAAGUUUCGCGAAAAACAGUACCUAACGAUUGCCGAAAGAGCAGAAUUCUCGUCGUCGCUUCAUCUCACGGAAACGCAGGUGAAGAUCUGGUUUCAAAAUCGAAGAGCUAAGGCGAAGCGGCUUCAGGAGGCGGAAAUAGAGAAGCUAAGACUAUCCGCGAGGCCUCUGCUGCACCCCAGCUUCGGAUCGGGACUAAUGUUCUCCGGGGUGGGUCCGCCUGGUACCCCAGGAGUGCCUCCCUUCAUUGCAGCUGCCAUGGCUAGGCACACCCAUGCUGCGGCGGCGGCGGCCAUGUUCAUGGGACCGCCUGGGCACCGACCUUAAUAAUGAUAUAUGCCAAGAUAUAAUAUGCGUGUAAUUUGAAGUCAUUCUUGAUGUCAUCGUCCGAAGAUUCAAUCUGCUCACGAACUGGGGAUCCGAUGAUCUAUGAUUGCCAAAGAUUCAUGGAUACGAAAACGUUUAUCUAAGAAUCCGAGAGAGAGUCUUCAGAAACUUAACAAUCUGAAGAAGCAUUAUGGAAAACAAUCUGAAAAUUAGAAAACUAGAGAAAAUGAAAAUCUGUGGAGUUAAUGAUUGAAAAGAACUCGAAGAUUUAAUAGCUAAAGAAGUCGAGAAUUUGUAAAUUAGAGGUCCAAGAGAGCAAGGAUUGGACAGUUUAGAACUCAAAAUGUUGAGAACUCUAGAAACUGAAAAAUUAAAAGAAGUCUAAUUAAAUAAUUGGUAAUAAAUUCACAAAAUGGACUUUAAGUGAUCUUGCUUUUACGCGACGAAGAAAAAUUGUUUUGAAAGUUCUAGACCACUCUUAUUGAUUAGUCCAUCUCUCGCUCGACUUUAAUUAUUUAAUCUUCUACUAGUAUCGAGAACAUUGGGAUCCACCACUUAGGAUUGGGAAUCAAAAUUGACUAGGACUGGUUAAAUAAUGGCGAUAAUCGCGUAUUAAUCCGGAUGGCUUAUCUUCAGAAAGGAUAAUCUGAAUACGUGAAGUCCGAACUGUAAGUUCGGGAAACCUGUAGCUCGAAGAAACAUCGUCGCAUAAUUUUCUCGGGACGAUGGAAUACGUCUACAUCGGCGCCAGGAGGGGGCGUGCGAAGCUUUGAUCUCAAGAGAAAGCACAAGUGUACAUAGUGUAAAUAGUAUCGUACGAUAACUAUGGGUGUACGUAUGUAUAUAUACACAUGUGUACAGGACGCUUCGAUUACCCUGAGAAGAAGGAAUCGCGAGGAACGGGCGUACGAGAGUUAGUUUUAACGGAUUUGGACCGCACUGGACCUAGCAAAAGUUCGUUCACGGGUGUGUUUUUAAUGUGGACCGUACGAGAGAGUGCAGCGACGUGAAUGUGCGAGGUACGUUUAAAAACAAUUCCGAGUCUGAGAGCAUUAAAAGAAAAAGGGUCAACGUCGAAGUCAAAUGUAGUAGUUGUUUCCCCGAAGUAAUUCCUCACACUGAAGAAAAUGAGUCUGUUUUGUUUUACAUAAAAAAAUCGUUUAUUUUGAAGCUUUAGUCGCGAACUUUUAGCUAGAUUUUCAAAAGUUGUGUCGAAUGAGACAUCGGUGACAUUUCUGAUAGCCGCCACUAACCAUUGAUUCUUCUUUAGCAAGUACACAAUUCGUAGCUCGUCUAAUCUCGAUAUCUUUCAGAGACUCUUGUUGACUUUUUUUUCUAUGCAAGAAGAUGAGGCAAGUGCGUGUAAAUGUAUCAGCUUGUGUCGAUUGUGAAUCGAAGGGGACGCGGAAUCGCUCAUAGACAGUAAAAGCUAACGUUACGAAUGUGGCGUGGUUCUAGACGUACCUAUGCGCCUUGUAUAAAUGUAAGAUGAUAAUUUAUCCAUGGAAGUAUAUUAUAGCGAAAUAAAAGAUUUCAGUAUUUAC